AUGCAGCUAUUAGCACCGUUUCUCCUCCUCAUUCUCCUCACAUUUCGAGUACGGACUCAAUCAGGACCUUCCAAUUGGACAGCUUCUCCGUUCAACGCCCCGUCCCUUCCGAUAGCUGUCCGUUCGCCUUAUUUGAACGUAUGGCUUUUACAGGGUAACAAUCCUCCUUCACCGUUUGAUGUAGAUGUCAACUCCUGGACCAGAGGCACAAGCGCAAACUGGUAUGUAAGUGCCGUAGUAGACGACAAAGAGUAUAGACUACUUGGCAAGUAUUUUAACGGGGAGAAUACCCCGAAUCAGACAGCAGUUGAAUUUACUGCAACGAGGACAUCAUUCCUCCUGUCUGCUGGAGGUGUCCAGUUUAACAUGUCGUUUCUGAGCCCCAUAGAACCGAAUAGUUUCACACUCCAAUCGCUUCCUUUCGCAUACCUAUAUAUGACUGCGCAAUCUACAGAUAGCCAAUUGCACUGA